UUCUCCACGUCCUCCAUUUAGCAAUCGAAAAACCGGCCGGGCCACGACAUUUCUUCGUAAUCCGGAGAAGGAAAUGCGUUUACGGCGGCAAAGUGCAUCGCCGUAAGAGAAAGGGGAACCUACUGUCCGCGGGUGAACGCUGCAGACUUUAUUCGCUUCAUUCAGUGCGUGAUCCUUAGUCUCUCAUAUAUGCAGGCACCUUCUUCUUCGCUUUGGAGAGACCUUCUGCAAAUUUUCUCGUGCUCGCUAUCGUGCUCUCAGUGAAAAAAGAAAAGCAGAGCGUGUGCAGUGUGUUUACAAAGUGCCAAGAUCUAGAACGGUCCACACCGAAUCUCUUGAUUUUAUCGUUGUAUCAGUGGGAUUUUAAAACGCGUCAUAAUUAGUAAUAAUAUACGUAUUUCGAUAUUAGAAUUUAUCGAGAGGAACUCUCAUUCAGAUAUAAUUAAUGUCAGUCUCACUCGGAAUGUAAUGAUUUUUUUAAUUAAAGAUAUUUGUAUACAAGAGAUUUAGGUUCAAGAGUAAUUUAAAUUGAUAAUCGAUGAACAAUUCGUUGGCUACUCUUUGAACAAUUUACUACAUACUGCGAAGAGUAAUUUCUCAAAUUUUGAAUCAAUAUUUUCCCGCAUUCACGUUCCUUCUUCAAACAUGCUAGAGAAUCUGAUCAAGUAAAUAUCUCUUGCAACAGUAUUACAACUUCCUCUGGAAGAAUCUAUCGAGAGAAGAUGACGGCAUUCAGAGACUCCAACGGCGGAAAUCGAUGAAAUCGAUCUUGCAUAUAGAUCUGAAUCAAUCGUUUUCCGAGACGCAAGUGAGUUUUGCGAGGUGGCAUUUCUAAUAAUAAACAGUGGAAGCAUGGCGCGUUCGUUGAGUUACCUUCUCGUGAUCGCGUGUAUCGGCCACGUGAUCGCGGAAAAGGAAUCAAACAUCCUUAGGCUGAGCAAACCGCAGACACUUGCUUCAAUCGGGAUAAACACGACAACCUUUAAUGAAACGGAAUACAUAGAAGAGAAAGACGAAGCCAAAAAGCAGGCGCCUCUGGUUGCCUUCAGUAAGAAUAAUCCGGAACUGGACUGGAAGAACUACUUGAAGAUAUUCGACGAAAAGGAAGAAGAACAUGGGGACCUAGACAUCGACUUCAUGAAAGAUAAACUUGAGAAAACACCUAAUAGUAUACAGUGGUUAGUUGAUCUUUAUGAUCCUCUUAGGUGGACCAGAGUGCCCGGCAAACUUCAAGACGAAUGUCGAAGAGACAUGGAAAGGUUCCUCGAUGGCUUGAGGAACGGAAAGCUCUGGGCUGCGAAAAUGUCGGAUGCGAGCGGCCGCUACUCCUCGCAAUUCCAUUUUGGAAACGGUUUCUGGCUGGGCUCGAGCACUCUCUGCAAGGAGCUCAAUGUCACCGAGCAGAAAGGGGCGAUGCGCGUCGACAAGGAGCAGCCACCCUUUCGCUUGCGAUUUCACGUCGCGCGGCUUUAUCUAGACCUGCCGAAGGAGGUCGAUUUUUCGACACGUCAGGUGUUUUUGGGCCUCUGCCUGCCGGGUACAUGCGAUCGCGCAUCCCUGACCUCGAUGUUAAGGGCCAGCGCUGAUAGGGUCGAACGCGAGGGUAAUUCGACCUAUCGAUCGAGCAACGUAAAGAUUCACAUUGUUACGAUGAAGCCCGUGCCAUCCAGCAAUUACUGCGCCUGGCAGGAUCCCAAGUUUUACGUGCUCUCAGGCAUUGCCGGCGCGAUAUUGGUACUGAUGAUCUGCGCGACCGUAUACGAAUAUAGAUCGCUUCCUUCCGUGAGGGACGUCGAAUCCUCGAGCGUGUCGAAUAACAACGACAAAACCAACGAUUUCGUGGACAAGAAUCUGAAUCAAGAUCGCAGGAUCUCAAUAGGACAGGAAAACGGUCAGGAAUUGAUUGAGAAGGGCGUAAAACAUCCGCAAAAAGAGAAUCCUAUCCAGAAGAAGGAUAACGGUGAAGGAUUCUGGCUGCGAUGCUUGCUCGCAUUCAGCCCUAUCGUCAACGGAAGUAAGAUCAUUAGCACAGAACCUGCGGCAAAAGACAGUUUGACUUGUCUCCACGGUCUUCGAGUGUUCUCGUUAGGAUGGGUCGUCAUGGUGCACACGUAUCUCCAAGUCUUCUCUAUCGCUGAGAACAAGAUGCUACGAAUGGUCACAGAGAGGAAUUUCAUGUUCCAGACUAUCAGCAACGCAACGUUCUCUGUGGACACUUUCUUUUUCAUCAGUGGCUUGUUAGUGACGAUACUUUUCUACCGUUCCUUGGGUAAUUUUACCACCGAGAAGGGCAACUUUUUGAAGACAAGCUCCACCAAGUUCAUAAUCAUGAUUCUAUACCGAUUCAUCAGGUUGACGCCAGCUUAUCUCUUUGUACUGGGGAUGAACGAGAUCGCCAUAAAGCAAGCUCAAGCGAAGACAGUCUUUUCACCUGUUAUUAUCGACCACCUGACCUGCGAGAAGUUCUGGUGGCGAAAUGCUCUAUACUUGAACUCAUUGUAUCCUCGCACAGAAAUGUGCAUGUUAUGGAGCUGGUAUAUGGCCAACGACACGCAGUUCUACGUACUUGGGAUACUCCUUCUUUUGCUCUCCGUAAAAUAUUUCAAGACCGUGAUCGCUAUCGUUUCGCUGUUGAUUGCCUCUUCGUGGUUCACCACGUUCUCCAUAGCUUACAGCAACGAUUACGUAGCCAGGAUCCAGGAGCCGUUUGCCCUCUUUGACGAGCUUUACGACAAGCCUUGGUUGAGAGCGGGUCCGUAUUUCAUCGGCACGAUCACUGGGUACAUUCUCUUCAAAACGAAGUGCCAAUUGAAGUUACCUAUGGGAGCAGAAUUGAUCGGCUGGGUACUGUCUGCGAUGGUCAUGUUCUCAGUGGUGUACGGACUGUACCCCGGAAAUUUGACGGUGCUGGCGAGCUCCGCAUAUGCGUCCUUGGGUCACACCGCGUGGGCGAUGGCCGUCGCUUUUAUCGUGAUCCAAUGUUGCACAGGGUCGGCACGAAUGAUCGACAGUUUGCUCUCGCUUAGGCUAAUGUACCCUCUCUCGAGGCUCACAUAUUGUGCCUAUCUAGUGCAUCCCGUUAUCAUGAUGAUCACGUGUACACAGAUGGACGGGCCGCUGCAUCUUCAUAAUGGGAUGGUGCUUAUCGUCUAUUUCGGCAAUCUGGUAGCUUCGUACCUCCUGUCGUUCUGCAUUUCCAUCGCCUUUGAGGCGCCAGUGGUAAAUUUGCUGAAAAUUGCAUUCACCUCGCAGAAGAGGGUGAGAUAGGAUGCGAUCGUUCACCUGAUAGAAGAACAAAUGCGAUUAUCCGGCGCAGUAAGUAUUGCUUCGAAUUUGAGUCUCAACGAAAAGAAGAUGAGAACAGCGAACUUUUCCAUAAUGUAUUUGUGAUAAUAGUAUCAUGAAAAUUCACUGAUAAUAUUUCUCAUAAAAUAAGCAUGAGGUCCUUAAUGUUGACAAACUUCAAAAUACAAGAAGCUAAAUUCCUCAUAAAUCAAUCUGUCAUUAUUGAUGAGUAGAUAAAAUAUUAAACAAGUUCUUCAGAUGUGGCAAUCAAUCAAUUCUCACAGACAAUGCAAAUAUAUCGAAGAUACAAUAAAAAAAUUGAAAGUCACGAAUAACCGAAAAAUAUAAAUCUGUCUCACCGAGAGAAUUCUAUCGAGCUUGGAAACAGUGUUUUUAUUUGUAGAAGAAACACUCGAGUACAAAUAGCUCGACACACGUAUUAUUUUUUCCCUCAGUUUUGAUAUAGUAACGAUUACGUGUUAAACAGGCACCACCUGCAAGAGCUAUGUUUAUUUACAUAAUGGAUAGAAAAACGUUAUUCACGCCCAACAAAGUGCAAAUCGCUGGUUAUGGAAUACAAAAUCACAUAGCAUGUCAGAAGACUUUCCUCGCAUGAUGUGUACCCGCAAAUUUAUUAUGUCGCGUGUCUACGUGCAAAUGAGGAAAAAUCUAUGAUCGUACGUAUGAAAAUAUGUACUAUCAUACAGAAAACAACAAAGAACAUUGAAGCAUGCAACAUGGUGGAUAUAUUAUAUUGCAUCACGAUGACAUAAUUUCUUGAGUGGAAAAUAAAAAAAGAACAUGCUACAACGUUAAAAUUUAACAAGUUUUUAUUUUACAAGUUUUUAUUUUGUGAUACUUGAUAGCACAUUGUUCAACAAAAUAAUAAAUUCAGUCGCAAAAAUAGCGUGAAGAGGCGAAAAGAGAAAAAGCAUGCGUGACACGUUCGUUUCAGAAUUUAUACCACACGGGAUAUAUGGUUCGAUAACGGAAAAAAAAACAGCGAAGAAUAUGUUACAAAGGAGGUCGAUGAAUAGAAGUAAAUGGAAAAAAAAUUUUACGCAACUAUUGGGUAAUCCUAAGGUAGCGAAAAUAUGGUUUGCGAAAAAAAGCGAUUUAUUUACACUAAAUAAUGAUAUAUUUAAUUAUACUUUUAAUUAAUUAUCUUUUCCUCGCUUUGUUUUGUUGUGCACUGCUGUCAUUUUCCGAAUCUGUAAUUAUAGCUCCUUGUGAAUAAUAUUAAGUUUACUUGAUACAA